UUUUAAUACUUAAACAUCUUCCUGCAACAACCUGCUUUAGUCUUCAGGUCCUUCAUUCCCAUUCUACUACUGCAGACAGAAACAGCUAAUCAGCCCACAUAAAGAAUCAUGGUCCAGGCUAAGUCGUGGGUUCUGGAUAAGCACUUCGAUGGCUUCCCAAAGAACAGCGACUUUAAGCUUAAGGUGGAGAAGCUCCCUGAGCUAAAAAAUGGAGAGGUUCUUUUAGAGGCAGUUUUUCUCAGUGUGGAUCCAUACAUGAGACCGUUCAGUAAACUCUACAUGAAGGAAGGAGACGUCAUGAUUGGAACUCAAGUGGCAAAAGUGAUCCAAAGUAAAAACUCCACCUUCCCCGUGGGAAGCCAUGUGGUGACUUCUUGUGGUUGGACGACCCAUUCCAUCUCAGAUGGGAAGGAGCUCACUCCUGUCAUGGCGGACUGGCCUAAAGAUGUCCCUCUGUCACUGGCACUGGGAGCCAUCGGCAUGCCAGGACUCACUGCUCUGCAUGGGUUGGAAGAUGUUCUGGGUCUGAAGGAAGGUGAAACCCUGCUGGUGAACGCUGCAGCUGGAGCUGUGGGCUCUGUGGUGGGACAGAUUGCUAAAAUCAAGGGCUGUAAGGUGGUGGGGUCAGCAGGGUCGGAGGCAAAAGUGGCGUUCCUGAAAGAGCUGGGGUUUGAUGAAGCCUUCAACUACAAAACUAUCACUUCUCUGGAGGAGGCUCUGAGGAAGGCUUCUCCUGAUGGAUACGACUGCUUCUUUGAAAAUGUUGGGGGAGAUUUUUCAUAUGUUGCUUUCCAGCAAAUGAAGUAUUUUGGAAGAGUAGCCGUGUGUGGAAGCAUCUCUAUGUACAACGAUGCUACACCUCAGAUAGGACCAUUCCCUCAUUUGGCCAUAAUGUGGAAAGAGCUGAAAGUAGAGGGCUUCAUGCAGAGCAGAUGGAAAGAUAGACAUCCAGAAAGCCUCAGGAGACUGAUGGGGUGGUACAGAGAGGGUAAACUGCAGUGUCGGGAGCACGUCACCAAAGGCUUUGAAAACAUGCCAGAGGCUUUUAUGGGGAUGCUGCAGGGAGACAACACCGGCAAAGCCAUCAUUGCUGUUUAAUGUGCUCUUUUUUUUAACAAUUUAAGAUGUCACAGGUUAAAUUCAACAUGUUCUGAACAAAAAAUAAACAUUUUUCAGAAAAACACACACCUGUACCAGUAGUAAUGCAUGCAUGACAGUCAAUGAAACAAAGAAUUAAAAAUUCUUUACAAACAACAUUUUUCAGAAAUGUCCUUGUAAUUUUGCUUUCUUUGUGUUUGCUUCACUAAUAAAGUUAGAAUUGAUCGUUUU